AGCCACAUCAAUUCCGACCAGUCCUCGGUCAACGAGUGGAACGCCAUGCAGGAUGUCCAGUCCCACCGCCCGGAUUCCCCAGUCCUCUUUACGGACGUCCCCACGGAGCGCGAGCGGACGGAGCGUCUGAUCAAGACCAAACUGAGAGAGAUUAUGAUGCAGAAGGAUCUGGAGAACAUCACGUCCAAGGAGAUCCGCACAGAACUGGAAAUGCAGAUGGCGUGCAACCUGCGAGAAUUUAAGGAAUUCAUAGAUAACGAGAUGAUCAUCAUCCUGGGCCAGAUGGACAGCCCCACGCAGAUCUUCGACCACGUCUUUCUGGGUUCGGAGUGGAACGCCUCCAAUCUGGAAGACUUGCAGACAAGAGGGGUGCGGUAUAUUCUGAACGUCACUCGUGAGAUCGACAAUUUCUUCCCGGGAGUUUUUGAAUACCACAAUAUCCGAGUUUACGACGAAGAGGCGACGGAUUUGCUGGCUUACUGGAACGACACCUACAAAUUCAUCUCCAAAGCGAAGAAGCACGGCUCCAAGUGCCUGGUCCACUGCAAGAUGGGCGUCAGCCGCUCGGCGUCCACCGUCAUCGCCUACGCUAUGAAGGAGUACGGCUGGAACCUCGACCGGGCCUACGAGUACGUCAAGGAGCGCCGUAGCGUCACCAAGCCCAACCCCAGCUUCAUGCGCCAGCUGGAGGAGUACCAGGGCAUCCUCCUGGCCAGCAAGCAACGCCACAACAAGCUGUGGCGCUCACACUCCGAGAGCGACAUCUCAGACCACCACGAGCCCAUCGGCAAUUCGGGGAUGGAGGUCAGCAAAAAAGAAAUUACCACCUCGGCCGACCAGAUCUCCGAGAACAGGUCUUCCAGCAGCCUCGUGGCGGUGCCUGUGGGGAUCAGUGCCAGCCCGCACGGACCCUUGCUGUGCCAUUUGGGCUCCGGCCCUUUGGCGAAUCUUCCGGGCAAGGAGAGGGUGAUCCAGCUGGAAAUUGCGCCCCGAGACAUCGACGCCGAGCAGAUAGAGGACCAGCUGAAUUUGAACAACCUCAAUGGGUGCCCUACCGGAUGCUGUCCGGGCGACGCCGAGUCGCCCCUAGACAACUGCAAUCCCUCCGAGGCCUUACUGGAGCAAGGGGGUGCCUUGACAUCGGCCGGUGGGUUUCCGGACUUGGCGGUGGAUGAGUUAGAGAACGACGCCCUCAAGCCGGGAGACGGGAACGUCCACCUGGUGCCCAUGGAGGAGUUGGAGUCCUGCUUGCGAGACACGCCCAGCCCGCCCGGCAACCUUUCUCAGCCGGACGAGGAGGAGGAAGAGGAGGAGGAGGAGGAAGAAGAAGAAGAGGAGGAGGAGGAGGAGGAGGAGGAUGCCACAGCCGGAGACUUUGGCACGGAUCGGAUUGACUUCUUCAGCGCCUUGGAGAAGUUUGUGGAGCUGUCGCAGGAGAAGAGGCCGCGGGCCUCGUCCAGAGCGGAAGAUCUGGGCAACGGGCGAAACGGGAAUCCCCGGGUCUCUGGCUUGGAGCUGCUGCCUUGCGAUCCUGCCGAGCAGGCCCGGCGAAGCGCCUCGGCGGGCAGCUCCCCGCAGGUCUCGGAGGCGUCUUCUCUGGAGGAGGAGCAGCUGAAGCCUCCCGUGGGCCUGACCCGGUCCCAUUCCCCUGUCAUCUCGGUCAAAGGGAUCGUCACUGAGAUCGAGUCAAUCCAUCAGGGAGGGUCACAGGGACCAGCCAAGGCAGAGACCACCAACAAUCCCCUCCCAACGCCCAAGAGGACCCCCCUCCAUGAGACGCCAGCCGAGGACAGCAAGCACGGGAAGGCCGAGGAGGCAGGGGACACGGCCGGACCUGUCCCGAAAGAAGCUGCUCGGGAGCCUUUGAAACCGGAUCCAGACGGGUCUUCGUUGCCCCCAAUGCUCGCCUCUAAGCCAGACAUGGAAGGAAGGGGCUUGGCUGAAGACCCCGCAGAUGCCCGAGUCCUCCCCGGGCCCAAAUGGUGCCCUGGUUCCGUCCGACGGGCCACUCUAGAGUUCGAAGAGCGUCUACGGCAGGAGCAGCAAGAUUUGCAGCACGCUCCCCCCAUCGCCCUGUUCCCCGUCCGGAAGAAUUCCAGGAACGAGUCCCCCGCCUCCGAUCCGAGCGCCAAGGGCAAGAACGAGGAUCCGCCACAUGAGCCGGCCCAGCUCCCGAAGAGUAACGAGGUCUUGAGGACAGGCAGCAGCUGCGAGACGGCGACCGUCUCCGAACCGCCGUCGGAAGUGUCUCCUCCACCGGAAGUCCCUGCGGAGAUAUCGGGCGUAGCUCACGAGCACCGGAUGGUGCUUUGGAUGGAGGGUGACGAGGGUCCUCCUCUGCUCAGCCCCCUCCCCAAGAGAAUCGAGAUCAUCGAAUACACACCUGCUUUGCCUGGCACAGAGGGGGCCGAGAAGGGGGGCACCGCUCGGACCCCAGAGAAAACCCUGGAUGAAAACUGCAACGCCACUUUCAGCUCAGAGACACCUAGAUGCAGCCCGGAUUCGUCCGGGACUCCAGAACAGGAGAGCGGCCCCUUCAACAAAGCCCCCUUCUCUUGGGGGAACCCGAAGGAGACGGACAAGGAGGUGGGGGAAAUGGCACCGUCCAACUUGGCAGCCCCCUGCUCUCCUGCCAACCGAGCGAGGUGCUCCCCUCCACCUUCUUCAUGCGGCCAGCCCCAUCUCGGCCUGGAGGGGGUCACUCAGGACAGCACAAGCACCGAACCUGAGCCGGCUCCCUCAGGGGGCUAUGCUGGAAAUGGCCACUUCUCCCUGGAGGAGAGGGGAAGGGGUUUCUUGCCCUGGACACGCUGGAUCCCCGAUCCGAGAAAAAUCCCUCCGGACGUCCGCGCAGCCCCACCUCUCUGCUGCUCUCUCCCUCGCCGUUCUAGCUGCGACGCUUGCGCCAAAGACGACGGCCAGGGGACAGGCCUGGUCAAGCAGCUGGCGAAAGAACUGGAAUGCCGCCUGCGGCAAGCCGGGCUGACCGCGCCGUCCCAAAUGAAGCGCUCGGCCUCUUUGGCCAAACUGGACUGUCUGGGCUCGCUGAAGGACGACUUGCCCCGUGGCUGCUGCCUGUCCACCGGCGCCAGACCGGUCUCGCCAGAAUCGUUCCGGGUCCCCAUGCCGGAUCCGGUCAUCUCCUCCCUGGCCCUCCUGUCUCCCGAGCCCACGAGGCAUUUGGUGGAACCGGUCAAGCUGUGGGAAAGCCUGGCCCUGAGUCGGCCGGUGGAAAGACCCCUGGCUCAAUUCGCCCAAGACUUCCCCCCGGCCUGCGGGGCCCCCGAAGGAACGUGGACUUGGGGCCACAGCCCGGCCCACCCAACCGGGCUCGCUCGAAUCCCCCCCACCAGAACUCGAUUGCCCAGGAAAUUAAAAAAGUCCGAGCGGAAACGAACCACCAACCCCGUCUACAAUACGAUGUGA